UUUUGGUCGGUCUCGUCGGUGCUUGAUCUAUCGUUACGCUUCAUACGUGUCGACGUACGCCAGCCGUAGACCGCUGCUUACGAGCGUUUUUCGAGAAGCGAGCGCCCAAAGCUACUUUUAAAGUCAACCAACGCAACUCACAUAACCCAGUGUCACCGUGCGUGUUUGCGGUGUGCGGUGUGUGUAUCGUUACGUAGUUUUGCCGCUUGGACGCGGUGAUUGUUUAGCGGUGAUUAAGUGGAGUUUUUUUUUCGUUGUUGUUAAACCCCCAACCUACCCCUCGGCGGUACUUACAUAUGCAUGUAGUGUAUUGAAAAUCGCAAGGCUCAUUUUACGAACUUCAACGCCAAACGUGGGGGGUCUUACCCUCAACCUCCCCCAAUCUGCGCGACGUUGUUAUUUUGUUUUUUAGUGAUGUACACGUGUUUAGUACUUAUUGAGGUGUAGUGCAUCAAACGUGCUUUUUUCCCCCGUUCCUGAGUGUUAGUAGGGCUCAAGAAGUGUCUACAGUUGUAUACAGUGCUACUAUAUCCCACUCUCGAUCGUGUUUCACCGUACAGGUUGCGUUUAUAGUUAUUGUUUUAAUUCUCUCCCUUCUCCUUAACAAAAAAAAAAGAAAUGAAAACCUUUAACCCCUUCCUGCGGUACCGAGUAUCAGUUUGAGUUUUGUGUUUGAAUGUGCAAAUUGUGACCUGCAGGAAAAAAGUAUAUAUAUAAAUAUCUAUAUAUAUCUAAAUCAAUCACAAAAGAGAGAAAAAAAAUUCAAGCGAAUCAUCACGUAUCGUACAACGGGUGGUGUUAUAGUGGAACGUCGAAUAGCGCGCAUUUGUUAUUAACAAAACAAGCCGCAUGUAGAUGAGUGCUUAUCGGCAAACCACUUCAAUCAACUGGCCACCAGCGGCAAGCACUAGAAACGUCCAGGUAACGGCAGGAUUAUGGACCAUUUGUUUACAGCUGCGUCGGUUUUAGAAGCGUUCGCGAAAUGGAAAGCUUUUUUUUAACUUCAAUUAAACAAAAUUGCAUCAUAAUAUAUUGAGGUGAUUGGAACCAUACCGAACCGGUACGAUCGCGGCAAAGCACCAUCGCUGCAACCCGUCCACGUUCGACGUGAGCGUCUGUCCCCGGUACCGAUCAGCCCAGCUAGUUGCGGUGGGCUUUCCCAUUAUUUUGAGACACCGGUACGCAGAAAACCGUCAAAACGAUUUAUCUUCGGCCGUAUAAGGACAUCUUCCCGGGCGGUGGCCAUAACCAGCUAUCCUCGCUAUAUCCGCAACCCGUGAUGGAGCGCAGCGGAGGUGGUGGAGGCAGCGGUGGCGGCGGUUCCGGUGGUCCGACCCCGAGCAGCCUCGACACGAUGAACGACUCGUCCGGUCUGUGUCUGCAGGAUCUGGUGGGCGUUAACGGUGGUACCGGUAGCGGUGGGAGUGCCGGUGGCGGUACCGGCGGUGGUGGAACCGGUACGAACAAUACGCUAGCCGAUCACCUGCACGGUACCGGUACGCAUCACGGUACCCAUACGCAUCACAGCCUCCACGAUGGGCUGGUGAGCGGUGGGGUUAGCGUAUCGUCCGCCAUCACCAGCCUGAUGUCACCGGGCGGGAUUAAUACCGGUGGGCUUGGACACCUGCAUCACGGAGCACCUGACCUGUCUGCGCACCAUCACCAUCAUCAUCACCACCAUCAGCAUCAUCACUCGUCGGCGUUGCACGAACCGCUGGAGAAAUUGAAACUUUGGGCAGAAACGGGAGAUUUUCGAGAAAACAGCCACAGCGGUAUGACGUCCGUUAGCAGUAUUGACCACGCGCAGAUGGGUUUUCCAGCGUCUUCACCUCGCAACAGAAGCUCCCGGGAUCGAAAAAAUGAUGUAUCUCGAUGUAUCAACGAAGCAUCGGUAAAGACCGAAAAUCUUAGCAGCGGAAUGUCGCACGAGGAUGGUUCCGGUACGGUUGCACCGGGCACAACGAUCCAGCAGGACGGUACCGACGGUACGAAGAACGAUAAGAAAAACAAACGCCAACGACGCCAGCGGACACACUUCACCUCACAGCAGCUGCACGAGCUAGAGCAAACGUUCAGCCGCAACCGCUACCCGGACAUGUCCACCCGGGAGGAGAUCGCGAUGUGGACAAAUCUGACCGAGGCACGCGUACGGGUAUGGUUCAAAAACCGACGGGCAAAAUGGCGUAAGCGGGAGCGAAAUCAGAUGAAUGCGAUUGCUGCGGCCGACUUUAAGAACGGGUUCGGGCCCCAGUUUGUGCAGCCGUUCGCCGAUACCGACACGCUGUACUCGUCCUACACGUACAACAACUGGGCGAAGGUACCGUCACCGCUCGGUGCCAAAACCUUCCCGUGGACGGUGAACCCGCUCGGUACGUCGAUCGUGUCGACCAACCAUCACCAGAACUCGAUCAACUGCUUCAACACGUCCGCGUCCUCGGUGGCGGCGGGUAUGGCCGGUACCGGCACGAUGCUACCGGCCAGCAUGGGUACCGGGCUGACCGGUACGUCCGGUGCGACCGGUGUUUCGCCGACACCGUGCCCCUACACGACACCUACGAAUCCGUACAUGUAUCAUCACCGUGCCGCAGCCGAACCGUGCACGGCGAUGAGCUCCAGCAUCGCGACGCUGCGGUUGAAGGCGAAGCAGCAUACGUCCGGUUUCUCUAGUCCAUACUCCGCGUCGUCGCCCGUGUCCCGCUCCAACUCGGCCGGACUGUCCGCCUGCCAGUAUGCGGGCGUCACGGAUACGGUCUGA